AUGGCGGCUCAAGAGAAGAACCAAGUCGAGCUGGAGAAGGCCUCCAAGCUGGCAAAUGUUCCCCACUGCGAACAAUACGAGAGGAUGAUCUCGGGCAUGCUUUACGACUCACUUAUUCCGAAACUCACAAAUUCUCGUCUCGCUGCUCGAAAAGCCAUGAAUGAAUACAACACUUGGUUCCCCACAGGCGAGGACUUCAACAUUGAAACUAUCACUAAAAGAAGAGCCGAGAUGCUCAAGUCUUUCCUCGGGCAUGUAGCAGACGAUGAAGUCUUUAUCGAACCUCCCUUCAGAGUCGACUACGGACCCAACAUGUCUGUCGGCAAGAGAUUCUACGCCAACUUCAAUCUGACAGUCUUGGACUCUGCAAUUGUUUCAAUCGGCGAUAGAGUUAUGAUUGGACCUAAUGUUAUGAUUUCAACAGCAACUCAUGAGACCGAGGUUGCUAGUCGAAGAGCCAAUAUCGAAUAUGCUUACCCCAUUACUAUUGGUGACGAUUGCUGGAUUGGAGGCGGUGUUACUAUCUUGCCAGGUGUUACGAUUGGAAAUGGAUGUACUAUUGGAGCAGGAUCCAUUGUGACUAGGGAUAUUCCUGCGUGGAGUGUUGCUUUGGGAUCGCCAGCGAGGGUCGUUAGAAAAGUUCAAGAGUUGGGCGAAUUCGUGGAAGAUGUUAAGCAAAAUGGGACUACCAGUGGAUAG